AUGGCCCCGCGCUCACGAGACUGCUGCCUCUGGUUGCCCUGGAGACGGAGCUUCCUCGUGCUUUGGCUGUGCGCGGCUCUCGGGGCGCGCGGGACGGAAGAUGACAGCUCGUUCAAUGCGGAAUCAUGGUUGCGGAUGUACGGUUACCUGCCCCAGGCCAGCAGGCAGAUGUCCACCAUGCGAUCAGCCCAGAUCCUCUCUGGAGCAGUCAGCGACAUGCAGAGGUUCUACGGCCUGGAGGUGACCGGCCACAUGGACGAUCAAACAGUAAGGGCCAUGAGAAGACCUCGAUGUGGCGUGCCUGACAAAUUCGGAGGCCAGAUAAAAACUAAUGUCCGGCGGAAACGUUAUGCCCUCACUGGUCAUAAAUGGAACAAAAAUCAUCUCACUUACAGCAUCCAGAACUACACUCCGAAGAUUGGGGAAUACAACUCAUUCGAGGCCAUCCGACGAGCGUUUAAAGUGUGGGAGAAGGUCACGCCCAUAACCUUUGAUGAAAUCCCCUACCAGGAGAUCAAAUAUGGCCGCCGCAAGGAGCCAGACAUCAUGAUCUUCUUUGCCUCGGGUUUCCACGGCGACAGCUCUCCGUUUGAUGGAGAGGGCGGCUUCUUGGCACACGCUUACUUUCCCGGUCCCGGAAUGGGGGGAGACACUCACUUUGACUCGGAUGAACCCUGGACGAUAGGAAACCAAAAUUUACAAGGUAACGAUCUGUUCCUUGUGGCCGUCCACGAGUUGGGUCACGCUUUGGGCUUGGAGCACUCCAACAACCCCCUGGCCAUCAUGGCUCCUUUCUACCAGUGGAUGGAAACCGAAAACUUCCAGCUCCCUGAGGACGACCGCCGCGGCAUCCAACAGAUAUAUGGCCAGCCCAACAGCGGCCCUACACAAGCACUGCCCACCGUCACGCCUCGUCGCCCGGACCCCAGACCCCCUCAGAACCCACCUCAGAACCCCCCCCAGAACCCACCUCGCCAACCGGACCGGCCCAGGACUACAGAGAGGCCGGACCACUACGGGCCAAAUAUCUGCGAGGGGAACUUUGACACAGUGGCAAUGCUCCGAGGAGAAAUGUUUGUUUUCAAGGGCCGUUGGUUCUGGCGUGUCCGCAGAAACAGAGUCCUGGAUAACUACCCCAUGCCCAUCGGUCACUUCUGGAGAGGUCUGCCUGGAGAUAUAGACUCUGCUUAUGAGAGGCACGAUGGAAAGUUUGUCUUUUUCAAAGGGAACCGAUACUGGGUUUUCAGAGAGGCCAACCUGGAGCCGGGUUACCCACAAGAGCUGGUGCACUACGGCUCCGACAUUCCAUACGACAGAAUAGACGCAGCCAUCUGGUGGGAGCCAUCGGGCUACACCUAUUUCUUCCAAGGAGACAGGUACUGGCGUUUCAACGAGCAGAGUCGCUCAGCUGACAGCGGAUACCCGAAACCCAUCAGCGUGUGGGGCUCCUCGGUGCCCCAGUCUCCCAAGGGUGCCUUCCUCAGCGAUGACGGAGCCUAUACCUACUUCUACAAGGGUUCAAAGUACUGGAAGUUCGACAACCACCGGAUGAAGAGCGAGCCCGGCUUCCCCAAGUCCAUCCUGCUGGACUUCAUGGGCUGCAGCGUGGACCUGGACCCGGACAGAACCACGGACGCAGACAAGGACCGCAAAUACCCCGACGUCAACCGGCCGCCGUUCAACCCGGACGCUGGACGGGACGGCGGUAAAGGCAAAGACAGAACGGACAAGGAUAGAGACACGGAUAAGGGCCGCGAUGAAGACGACCGGGAGGGGCGGGAGGAGGAGACCAAUGAAGUGGACGUGGUUUUGAAAGUGGACGAUAGCGAACAGCGGACCAUGAAUAUUCUAAUGGUGACUAUACCGCUGGUGCUGGUGCUGUGCAUUCUGGGACUCAUAUACGCCAUCAUCAACACGCUGCAGAGCAAAGGAGCGCCGCGCCUGCUGGUCCACUGCAAGCGCUCGCUACAGGACUGGGUGUGA